UGUGAAUCUUUGGGAAUCUCUCAAUUUAAUUCUUUGGUGUACAGUUCGAUUCAGAAUUGAUUCCUGAUUCAAAACUAAUUCUCAAUUCAAUGAAAAAGGACAUUUAGACAAUUUAGACUUUUUAAAUCUGUUAACAAUUGAAAGAACAGUACUUUGUAAAGUACUUUGAAUCUAAAAUAUUUACAGUGGAGCACAUUAUACUCCACAGAUAGAUUCUAAUUGUGCAGGAAAAACUGUGGUCCACAACGUUUUUAUUGUAAAAAGUUAACUGCAUUAAUUAUUGAAUAAAUUAAUCUGAAGUCAUCUUUCAGUCUGCUGCCUGUAUGAGAAAAAUAAAAUGAAGAGGAGGUGUAGUGCUCUGGAGAGCAGCCUCUCAGCUGCACUGUUAGCUCGGGGUAAAGACAUCGCUGUGAAAAUGCUGAGCAGGUGUAGGUGAGACAGGCUGAGCACCAGAGUUAUUUUCUUCACCUCAGAGUUGGUUUAAAUUGUUUAAUGCUGCAUCUGGUCUCACUUGUUAUUGCUGAUCCGCUAACAUUAAUCUCCGGGUGAUGGAGUAGAAAGUUCCUAAUAUACUACAGUUUCAUCUCACAAAACGCACCCACUGUUAACAUCCCGGCUUAGCGGUCAGUUCCACCUGCCGAUCAGAGGUUAAGCUGAGGCCAUGGCAGUGAAGGACCGUGUAGAGGCAGUGCUCAACGUGGGUCUGCGUGUUCCCAGCAUCAUGCUGCUGGACGUCCUGUACCGCUGGGACGUCAGCUCUUUCUUUCAGAAGAUCCAGCGCUCCAGCCUCUCAAACAACCCCCUGUUCCAGUACAAAUACCUUGCACUCUACCUGCACUACGUAGGUUACAUCCUGAGCUUGGUACUGCUGACCCUUCCUCGUCAGCACCUGGUUAAACUGUACUUAUAUGUUCUUACGGCCUUGCUGCUGUUUGCUGGUCAUCAAGUCUCAAGGGAUUAUGUCCGCAGUGAACUGGAAUCUGGCUAUGAAGGACCUGUCUACCUGGAACCCCUCUCCAUGAACAGAUUCACCACUGCACUCAUAGGUCAGCUGGUGGUGUGUACGUUGUGUUCUUGCGUGAUGCAGACCAAGAGGAUAUGGCUUUUCUCUGCUCAUCUCCUCCCUCUGGUGGCCAGAUUGUGCCUGGUCCCAUUGGAGACCAUAGUCUUCAUCAAUAAGUUCUCCAUGAUUUUCACAGGCCUGGAGGUCAUUUACUUCCUGGCUUCUAACUUACUGGUACCGUAUAACCUGGCCAAGACUGCGUACAGGGAGCUGGCUCAGGUGGUGGAAGUGUACGGGCUGCUAGCUUUGGGAAUGUCUCUGUGGAACCAGCUGGUCCUCCCAGUUCUCUUCAUGUGUUUCUGGCUGCUACUCUUCGCUCUGCAGAUCUACUCAUACUUUAGCACCAGAGAUCAGCCUACCUCAAGAGAGAGGCUCCUUUUCCUCUUUCUUACCAGUAUCGCAGAAUGUUGUAGUACACCAUACUCCCUUCUGGGUUUGGUUUUUACCGUCUCCUUCAUUGCAUUGGGAGUUCUCACACUCUGCAAGUUCUACCUGCAAGGCUACAGAGCCUUUAUGAACGACAACACCAUGCACAGAGGGAUGACAGAGGGCAUCACCCUGCUGAUCCUUGCUGUCCAGACUGGCCUCAUUGAGCUGCAGGUCAUCCACCGAGCCUUCCUCCUCUCCAUCAUCCUCUUCAUUGUUGUUGCCUCCAUCCUGCAGUCCAUGCUUGAGAUAGCAGACCCCAUAGUCCUGGCCCUGGGAGCAUCCAGAGACAAGAGUUUGUGGAAGCACUUCCGAGCAGUGUCUCUGUGUCUGUUCCUGCUGAUCUUUCCAGCUUACAUGGCCUACAUGAUCUGUCAGUUCUUCCACAUGGACUUCUGGCUUCUCAUAAUCAUCUCCUCCUCCAUCCUCACCUCACUGCAGGUCCUUGGCACUCUUUUAAUCUACAUUCUCUUCAUGGUGGAGGAGUUUCGUAAGGCUCCAGUGGAAAACAUGGAUGAAGUUAUUUACUGUGUCAAUGGUACCUACAGAUUGCUGGAGUUCCUGGUUGCGGUGUGUGUGGUGUGCUACGGCGUGUCAGAGACAGUGUUUGGUGAGUGGAGUGUGAUGGGCAGCACCAUCAUCCUGGUCCACUCGUACUAUAACGUCUGGCUCCGAGCCCAGCUGGGCUGGCAAAGCUUCCUUCUCAGGAGAGACGCGGUAAACAAGAUCAAAAGCCUCCCCACAGCAAGCAACACACAGCUGGAGCAGUACAACGACAUCUGCGCUAUCUGCUACCAGGACAUGACCAGUGCUGUGAUCACUCCGUGCAGUCAUUUCUUCCACGCUGGCUGUCUGAAGAAAUGGCUUUACGUCCAGGAGACAUGCCCUCUUUGUCAUUCACAACUUAAAAGCCAAUCACCAGCAAACACUGUGCCCAACCAAGACACCCCUGCAGCCAAUCAGAGCCCUGCAGGCCAGGAAGAAACCACAGCCAGCAAGGAGAAGGAAGGCACUCUCUCAGAGGACAGGAAGAAGCAAGAAACAGGAACACAGGAGGGAGAUAAUGGACCUGCCAUUUCAGCUGGAGAAUCCUCCUCCUCCUGUACUCUGCAGAACCUUGUCAAAGCUCACUCAUCCUCAUCAUCUUCUUCUCUUCCUUCUCCACUUGUGACUGAUUCUCUGCAGAACCAGUCGCACCCAGAUCCAACAUCUUCAUCUUCUUCCUCUGACACAUUGGACAUGGCCCCCUCUCCUCCAUCGCCCUCCAUAUGUCAACAGUCAUCCUCACAGCUAUUGGUCCAGUCAGACAUGAUACUUGCUGAACCUGAACCUGAGCCCGCCCCUCAGCUAAACCCAGACUCCUCACCAGACAGUGAGAAGUCAUCGACUGGUCCAUCAUCACAGCCUGACCAGCCCUCUCCAUCUUCAGAGGAACAGUCUCCUCCUCCAUGAGUUGAGCCCCAUUGUAACACGCACAACAUACAUGCAUGCACAUAUUAACACACAGACUAAAUACUCCAUUUGCCAAUUAUUUGCCUGUAUUCUACUUGUCCAGCAGUUUGCGGUCCCAUCAUGUCAGAAAUUCUGAGCGAGAAAAUGGAAAACAAUCAGAUAUUUAUCAAUCGGCAUUCAGAAAAUUGCUAAUAUUGCCGUUUUUUGUUUAGGAAAUUGUCCAGGAAAAGCUCAUUUAAUGUGUUUCCAUGACAACAUUCAUGCCACUAAUGUUUUCAUUAGGAUAAGCAUAACCUUUUAAUUUAAACUUUACAACCACAUAUAAUAUCCAGGAAUGUGAACAAAACGUAAAAGGGAUUGCAAUAAUCUCGUCUCAGAAAUAAUCAGGAGUUCUACAUCAUCACCAAGAAAUGUGAAAUCCUGGAACAAACUGAAGCAUGGCCUCACUCAUUACUGCUGUUUCCUGGACACAUAAUGACAUUUCUAAAACGAUGCUUAUGUCCGUCUCAUUUCAAUCCCAAACAUUUCAUGUGAUGGUUGCUCCCAUCCUGCCUUUGCUUGUGCAGCUUCACUGUCAUCGCUGUACAUUUCAUAGUGUUUGGGUUUUCUCUGUAGUUCUGUGUGUGCCAUGAUCUAAUGAGGAAUGGGUGUGGUGUUUAGGGAGCCUUGAUAGACUGUUGAUCAUUGAUGGUAGCUUUUUAAACAGUGACAAAGUCUUCACACUUCAUUACGUCUACAAAGAUCUCCACCAGUUCUUGAUAAAAGUUGUUAUUUUGCUUUUAGAUGACAGUAGUUAGGCGUAUCUGUGAGUCUAUGCAUGAACAGAGACCGAAUGUUGUUUCUCGAGGCCAUCACAUGACCUUAAGCCUGGCGCUAAGCAGAGGGUGCAUGAUGUGGUCGUAGGCGAGUGUUGCAGUGUGAACAAAUCAAUGGAUUCACGUGGAAGCACUCCAUGUGUGAAGCUGUCUCUGUUACACUACUUCAACAUCUGAAUCAGUGUUGUUUGGCUGGUCCCAGCAAAAACAGUUCCACUCCUCAUCGCCAAACUUUUGUAAUACUGUUAAAUAAAUGUUCUUUUUAAGGCCAUUUUUACAUUACUGCUUUGUUGAACAGCAUACAGAUGGACUGAAGGGGUAGGAAGAGGGAGGGAGAAGGUGACAUGCAACAGAGGCCGUGGAUUGUAUUUUGAUCCUUCAGCGUUGUCAGAAUAUGGAGUGUAACAGAGCUGGCAAGGAGCUCAGUUGGCUUUACUUGAUUCAUGGUACUCAUCCCCGCUAAUCCUCCUGAGCUCAGCUGACUAACAGAUACAUUCAACCAGUUUGCCAUCGAUUGAUCCAGCAAUUGUUGAUGCUUUUCCAUGGCAGUAGCCAAUCAUCCUUCUCCAUCCAACUCCUUUUUAAACCAGUUGCAUCAAAAUGUUUUCAGAGACGAUCAGUCACUUCACUCCAUGAAAUGUUACUACCAGCAAAUCGAGCCAUUAUAUAGGAAAGCAUCCUUUUUCUUUUUUUUACCCCCCAUGCAUGCUUGCGCACACACACCCACACACACGCA